UGAGCCGGGGAGCCCACGGCCUGGCCCAGCCAUGUCCCCCACGGUCUCCCACAAGGACAGCAGCCGGCAGCGGCGGCCCGGCCCCGUCAACCACUACCCGGACAUGAAAAGCGGGCCGCUGCCGCCGGGCGCCUGGGACGACGAGCUGCCCGCCGACGGGGCGGGGGGCGAGGCGGACACCGAGGCCCUGCUGCGGACUGCGGGCUCCCGGUCCUCCUGGGGCCCGCGGGGCUACCGGGCCGAGCUGAGCAACAUCCUGCUGCUUCUCUUCCUGUACGUGCUGCAGGGCAUCCCGCUGGGGCUGGCGGGCAGCAUCCCGCUGAUCCUGCAGAGCAAGAACGUGAGCUACACCGACCAGGCCUUCUUCAGCCUCGUCUUCUGGCCCUUCAGCCUCAAGCUGCUCUGGGCCCCGCUCGUGGACGCCGUCUACUUCAAGAGCUUCGGCCGCCGCAAGUCGUGGCUCGUGCCCACGCAGUACAUCCUGGGGCUCUUCAUGAUCUACCUGUCCACGCAGGUGGACCACAUGCUGGGCCACACGGACGGCCGCAGCCCCGACGUCGCGGCGCUCACGCUGGCCUUCUUCAUGUUCGAGUUCCUGGCCGCCACGCAGGACAUCGCCGUGGACGGCUGGGCGCUGACCAUGCUGUCGCGGGAGAACGUGGGCUACGCGUCCACUUGUAAUUCUGUGGGCCAGACGGCCGGCUACUUCUUGGGCAAUGUGUUGUUCCUGGCCCUGGAAUCUGCAGACUUCUGUAACAAGUAUCUGCGGUUUCAGCCCCAGCCCAGAGGAAUCGUUACGCUGUCAGAUUUUCUGUUUUUCUGGGGGACCAUAUUUUUGAUAACAACAACAUUAGUUGCCCUUCUAAAAAAAGAAAACACAGAAGUAACGCCAUCAAAAGAAGAUACAAAAGGAAUUACAGACACUUACAAGCUGCUUUUUACAAUUAUAAAGAUGCCCGCAGUUGUGACUUUCUGCCUCAUGAUUUUAACUGCAAAGAUUGGCUUUUCAGCAGCAGAUGCAGUAACAGGCCUGAAAUUGGUGGAAGAGGGGGUGCCCAAGGAGCACUUGGCCCUGUUGGCAGUUCCCAUGGUUCCCUUACAGAUCAUAUUGCCUCUGAUCAUCAGCAAGUAUACUGCAGGCCCACAGCCACUAAAUGUGUUCUAUAAAGCCAUGCCCUACAGAUUAUUACUUGGCUUGGAAUAUGCUUUGAUGGUUUGGUGGACUCCCAAAAUAGCGUAUCAAGGAGGAUUUCCAAUCUAUUACUAUAUUAUAGUGCUGCUGAGUUACGCCUUACAUCAGAUCACAUUGUACAGCAUGUACGUUUCUAUAAUGGCUUUUAAUGCCAAAGUUAGCGAUCCACUUAUUGGAGGCACGUAUAUGACGCUUUUAAAUACUGUGUCCAAUCUGGGAGGGAACUGGCCUUCGACAGUGGCUCUCUGGCUGGUGGAUCCUCUCACAGUGAAGGAAUGCUCGGGAGUGUCAGACCAGAAUUGUUGGACUCCUGAAGCAGCUGACCUUUGCAAAAAACUCGGUGGCUCUUGUGUUACUACCUUGGAUGGCUAUUAUGUGGAAUCCCUUUUCUGUGUUGUUUUUGGAUUCAGUUGGUGGUUCUUUGUUGGUCCAAAAUUUAAAAAACUCCAGGAUGAAGGAGCAUCGUCUUGGAAAUGCAGGAGGAACAAUUAAUGCGAUUCACUACAGGACAUGCUGGGAAGGGGGAACCAGUUUUAAUUUUAAUGCACAUGUCAUGAUAAUCAGGACACAGGAGUAUAAAUACACUUUCAAAGGAGAAAAUUAUUAAUACAAAAAUGCCAAAUGGUUGAAAAGCUGAGACCUCUAUAUGUAUGUGAUCUUUUUUUCCUUACCUUUUCAAUGUAAAAAUAUACUUAAGGUCAGAAAAUUGGUUCUAAAAAUAGCCUCUCUCUUCUUUUUCUUGAACCAUAUUUUUAGUUUACUGACCAAAGCAUGUUUCACACUGCAGUGAGGUGGCUCUGGGAGAGCUCAUCGUGUCUCCCAUGUAUUGUUAUUGACCCUUUCAGCUGAGAUGUGACUCUAGACACUUUGGUAUUGGGGCAUAUUUGGGGCGAGUGCAUUAAGUGGAACGAAGUGCAACCUGCAAAUAUGAGUAGGACUUUGUGAGAUCAACAGCUAGAAAUCUCCUUUUGGUUUUCACUUGCAGGAAUUUUAUUUGGAAUUGGCUGAGAAGGGAAAUCGAGACUGCUGAGAUGCCAUUUUAACUGUCACUUUUCUGACCAUAACUAUGUUUUAAAGGGUAGAUUUUUGUGUUUAAAAAUAACACUUUUAAAUGUAUUUUCUGGCUUUUGUAAGCAUUUCAAGAUUUAUAAGAAGAUGAAACAAAUAUUUUUUAUAAAGUGAUAGUUAAGUUUUUUAAUUUAUUGACUUCAUUUGGGGGAAAGGAAGCAUUCUGAAGCCUUGUUAAACUUUUCUUACGAUAAAUCUUAAGAGGGUGUGGGGCUUUGUUACCAGGGUCUCACAACAACCAGACUUGUAGAGAAGGGUCACGUUUAGUUUCAUGUAUAUUAAAUGGCAUAAUUUCAGAAAUAAAAAGAAAGCACAAUAUUA